AUGGCCGUCUCGACGGCAUACCGCAAGUCGUCGAUGCGCAAACAGCGCGUUCCGUACUGGCUUGCGCUGAAGCGUUAUUACCGCCCGCUGAUCGGCUGUGCCUCGACUUGGUUCUUGUACAACUGGAUCUCCAUCCCGUUUGGGAUCUUCAGCUCGACUAUCGUCUCCCGUGUCAACCCUGAUGAGAGUCUUAUCAAGAAUCUAGGGUGGGGAGUGGUGAUCAACUGCUUUUAUAUCCCGGGACCAUUCAUCGGUGGCUAUCUCUCGGACAAGACCGGUCGCCGCCAGACUAUGGCUUUGGGCUUCACGCUACAAGCUAUCCUCGGGUUCGUGCUUGGUGGUGCUAUGACGCCUAUACAUAAUAUCUUCCCGCUUUUCGUCGUUCUGUAUGGUGUCUUCUUGACACUGGGGGAAGUCGGGCCCGGAAGUACGGUCGUGCUGGCUGCUUCGGAGUCUUUCGCGACCUCGGUCCGCGGACAGAUGAUGGGUCUUGUUUCCGCUUUCUCCAAAGCCGGAGCUGCAAUCGGGACAAGUGCUAUUCUCAACGCUUACACCGACGACCCAACCCAAGGCGACCAAGUCGCAUUCCUCAUCGGCUCGGGUUUCGCAGUCCUUGGCGCACUGGUGGCCUUCUUCGUCAUUCCGGACGUCUCGACGCGCCUGGAGGACGAUGAUGCGGAUUGGAAAGUGUAUUUGGCUGAUAACGGCUGGGAAGCAGAUUGGGGAGAUACGUCUACCAAGGACCCCCCUGGCGUGGUUCUGAGCAAACCGGGCCGAAGUGUGACCAGUGUCGAAUCGCCACUAGACACCAGGGAUUCCGAUUGGAAAUUCGAAUGGAGCGAAAAGCCCAAGAUCAAGAUGAGCCAACUAUCACCAGACCUGUCCAUCGGCGUUACCAAGCCCAUCACACCGGAAACCGACGAAGCGAAAGUGAUUACCGAAGCCAAGAUGCUUGUCAAGACCAAACGUGUCGGGCUUCUAACGGAGCUCAUCGUCUAUAAGAGCAUUGAGGGAAGCGGAAUCGCCCCUAGAUUUCUGGUUAUCGUCGUCGACGAUGAUGACGCGGAGCUCAUCGUUGGUUUCGUCAUCGAGUAUAUUGAAGGUGGAAGCAACCCAAAGUCUUGGGAUCCUGAAGACAUGCAAGCCUGCAAAGACGUCUUGACCCGAUUUCACAAAAAGGGCUGGGUACAUCGGGAUGUCCAUAAGGACAACUUUCUCAUCGUUUCUCACAAGAGCAAGAUUUAUCUCUUCGACUUUGGGAUGGCGAGAAGGACCGAGAGCAGUUAUGAUAGAGAAAUAGAGGAGGACUUAAGCAGGGUUGAUGAUUGGUGGUUAGAGAUAUACGGGAGGACUUAA